UCUGAAAAAUUUAAACCUCCAACCAAAACAAGACUUUCCAUCCAUUUUAUAUAGUUUUAUAGUUUAUAAUUAUUAAUUUUAUUGAGAGUCUAUGGUUAGAGAAUUUGUCUACCUAAUUUUCCUUAUAUUUAGCAAUUAGAACUGUUUCCAUCCAACUUGAAAUGUCGCAAGAAGAGCUCGCAGCAAAAAUCUUACAACGAGCAGUUCAACUCGACAAAGAAAACCGCUUGACGGAAGCGAAUGUGUAUUACCUCGAAGCGCUGAGUAUCCUUAUGGAUAUAUGCAGAGAUUCACAAGAUGAAGAGAAAAAGAAGUUUUUGCGUUCAAAAAUUGACGUAUAUAUGCGAAGAGCAGAGACUCUUAAGAAGCAAAUAAAUGACGAAAAAGCGAGAGGAACUUAUCAUGAAGUUCUACGUAUCGAAAAUGACUCUACUGGUCACAGCUAUGAUUCAGUGUUUGGCCGAUUCCUGAAUAAAGAAGUAACCAGUAUCGUUGUUCAAGACCCUUACGUACGAGCAUUCCAUCAAUGUCAAAACUUCCUGCAAGUUUGUGAACUUUUUGUAAAAAAAUGUGAAAAUUUGAAACAAAUCAGCCUGUUGACGGGUGAGGAUCCAUCUGAUAGCCAAAAACAAUGGCUGCAGCAGUUAAGUGGAAGCCUACGAAGCAAACACAACAUCUGCUUAACCAUUCAGUAUUCCUCAACAUUGCACGAUCGGCAAAUUUUAUUGAACAACGGCUGGAUAAUAAAAAUUGGUAGAGGCCUUGACUACUUCAAAGCAGUCGACAACAAAUUUUGCAUUGGCUCGCACGAUUACGACCUCAGACCGUGUUAUGAAACAAACGUCGACAUAUUCCAUAAGAAGAACGUACAAUUCAAAAACACUAAUUAGGUUACAAACUCUUCAUUCAAAUCCUUUUCGAAGUACAAAAUGAGAUAGUGGUAAAUAUUUGUAAAUUGGUCAAUUUCCAGAUAUCUUUACUUUUAGACAUAUAGAUACAUAUUUUUAUUUCAAUUCCAUUGUGUUAGCUUUUAAAUCUCAACUUUAAGAUUUUAAAGUUUUAAAUUUCAACCGGAUAGGACAAAAGGUCAUAUUAUCCAUCAAGUAAAUUAUUAAAUGUUGGUAAAUGUAUAGCAUAGGUAAGAACAGAUUUAGACAAAAUACUUGUACUUAUACUACUUUUCCAUAAAGUACUUGAGGGCCGGUUUCCGAACUCGGGAUUUAGCUAGGUUCUAGACUUUAAACAGCUGGAGUCAGAAAAUUGGCUUUCCAAAACGGGGCGUAGUCAUAGUCAUAGUCAAAGUCACGUUUAAGUUAAAUUU